AUGGAAGUGUUUGAUGAUGCCGUGGACUUACAUCAUGAAGUCAAGAAACAAAUGCAUGAUUUUUUUAAAAACUUUGGAUCGAUGUUUGGAGAGUUCACUUCAUUGUUUCAUGAAGAUCACAUUGACGCCUUCACCAGCAUGUCUCCUCUAGAUGACCCAGAAUCCGAAAAUAUCUCUGGAAAUAACAUAAGAGAUUACUAUUUAAAACCUGGAUACCAGACCAAUGUUCAAGAGCACCCUCAAAAGGACAUUGAUUUAGAUGGAAAAAUAUCAUCAAAUGAAAUAUCAGGGAUGCUUAAACAUAAGAAUGAUUUACAUAGCCCAGGAGCUGUUACUCCAUUUAACGGCGACUUGAUUCCCGGCAGGUCCUUUUGUCAGACAAUUAUCACAACGAGUGUGACUAAAGCAGAUGGUACAGUUGAAACCAGGAGGAUUAUCAAGAAAGGCAACAAGGUGAUUGAUGAAGUCACAACUACUACUGGACCAGAGACCCGAGGGCCGUAUUCACCAGAAAGUCUUGGAAUGGAUAAAUUGUCAACGGAUAAAGAUAACACUUUCUUUUAA